AUGUUUGAGAAAAUAAUCGAGAAUCUCCUUUAAUCAAUUUUAGGAGAAUACAUUGAAGGUUUGGAUCAACAAUCCCUGAAGGUUGGACUUUGGAGUGGAGAUGCAAAGAUUGAGAAUCUGAGGUUGAAACCAGAAGCCUUUAUCAAAUUAGACCUGCCUUUUAUUGUUAAGUAUAGCAGAUUGGGAACACUUAAUUUAAACAUCCCUUGGAAAAAUUUAGCCAGUGCUCCUAUCAAAGCUAACCUAGAUACAUUAUAUUUAAUAUUAACACCUCAACAAGCCAGUGAUUGGAAAUUUGGAAGUGUUACAGGAGCAGAUAAAUUAAUUUAAGUUGAUUCAUUCAAAUAGAAAUUACUAGAAAGAAUUGCUAAUAAAGAAUAAUAAGAUGGGAUGAUGCAAAGAAUUAUUAUUAGAGUGAUUGAAAAUCUAUAGAUACGCAUUUAAAAUAUUCAUAUCAGAGUUGAAGAUGGAUAAAUCAGUUAUGGUUUUGUAUUGUAGAAUUUCACCUUGCUUACUGUGAACGAGUAGGGAGUUGAAUAAUUUAUUGAUAGGACAUCCAAUAAAAAUUAACUAUUGAUCAAGAGUUUACAAAUCAGCAAUAUUGGAUUCUAUUGGCAAUGGAAAGGAGGAAUUCAAUAUGAUGAGUCUAAAUUUUAGGUAGAAAUACCAAAAAAUGAUUAUCUAUUUAGACUCUCCUUAUAAAGCAAGGUUGUACAACCACCAAAACAGAGCGAUAAUCUACCAGACUAUAAAUUUGAUUUGGAUUUACAAUCAUUUGAUAUUAAUUUCUCAAAGCCUUAAGUCUAAUAAAUCCUCAAUCUAACAGACUAUUUGAAUUCUUACAAUAGAGCUAAGAUCUCUUUCUAAAGAUAAUAGUAAAUGAUCUAGCCAUUGAAUGAGAUGGAUCAAAAGAGAGUUAAACAAUUAUUGCAAUUAGUAUAAUUAGAUAAAAAAUAUAAUGAUGGACUUAAUAAAGAGUAGAAAUUAGAACUUUGUGCUAUUUUAGAGAAAACUCAGAUCAAAGAAAUCAAACCGAUCGUUUUGGAAGUCAUUAAGGAGUAAUAAUAUGAAGACAUGAAAUAAAAGGCUCUGAAAAAGAAAUAACCAUAAGGAUUCUUAUAGAAUUGGUUUGGAAGGGGUAAAUAACAGUAAUAGAAUGAAACACCUACACUUUUAGAUGAAGAAUCAGAAGAAAUCUAUAAAUUUUUAUAAUAGAAUUUCUCAUAGGAUGAAUCUUAAUAAAAUUAAGGGAAGGUGACACAAAUAGUAGUGAGUGGGAAAAUGAGAUAAGGAACAAUUACUUUAAGUAAUCCUAGAUAAUAGAAGGUGGAUGAAAUUAAGAUUCUGUUUUAAGACUUAAUAUGCGAAUUGAAAUCAGAUAAGGAUCUAAUAUUGGAUCUAUCUUUAAUCGAUAUGAUUGUUCUAUUUAAUGAUUAACAAUUCCUUACAAAUACAAGUAAUGAUAAAUCAAAACCUAUAUUCUUAUUGAAUUUCAAAAUUAUCGAAUCCAUUACUACUUAUAUUUAAUUAGAAACUAGAUCAUCUAAAUUACGGUUUCAUCCAGAUUUAAUAACAGUAUUAAGUGACUUUAGUGAUGUAGAAUUGAAAUCAAAUUAGAUUAAAAAUAUGGCUGAUGACACAAUUCAAGAACUUAAACAGAAUGCUCAAAUAGCCUUAGCUAAUUAAGUAAUUGUAGAAAAGAAUAGAUGGGUUAAUAUAACGAUGGAUCAAUUCUAUUUUGAACUCCCCUUAAACAAUUCAUAGGAAUCCUGGCUAUUUUGUCCAGGUUUAGUCAACAUUAAUAGUAGUAUUGUGAAUAGUUAAGAAUUGUAUAAAAUUCAACUUUCAAAUAUUGGAUUGAAACAUUAGUCUUAAAAUCAAUAUAGUGUAAUUGACAACUUUACCAUUGUCCUGGAUAUCCUAUUACCAAAUCAAAAGAACUAAAAUCUUACUGUGAAUGCCAGUAUCCAAGAUAUUAUCACCAAUUUGAAUCCAUAAAUAUAUUAAAAGCUUACUAAGAUUGGAGAUUGUUUUAUUCCAACAGUAAGUGCUGAAGAAUACAAAAAAUAAACUAAGUCGGAGGAAGUUGAGAAAACUAAAAUAAUAGAGAAUGCUAUAAAGAUAGCCCCACUUUACAUAAAGGAAGGUUAAUUGAAUCAAUGGGUUAAAUACACUUGUGUCUUGAGUGGCUCUUACUUAUAUUUUUACUCAAGUCCCAAAUCGCAAUAGCCUAACUUCAUUAAAUAUUUAAAAAAUUCAAAUAUUAUUGAAAAAGGAAUGGAUGAAUACAAAAUGAAUGUUCUAGUUGUAUAAAUUGAAAACAAUUAAUUUGAAAUUGGAGUAUAAAAUUAAAGUCAAAUAUAAGAUUGGAUUCAAAAGAUUUCAUCAUUGAGAGAUGAAGAGUUAGAAUUACUUAAACAAUUAGAAGAUAAAUAGGAGAAAUAACAGAUCAAACCAAUUGAGUUUGAAUAAAUUAUCAAUUUUACAAUAUCAGUUGUCUAAAUUAACUUAUAGGAUUCCAAUUCUAAGUAAUUUUUAGUAAUGAAAACGAAGGACUUGUCAUUAAGAAUGAAAAUACACUCUUAAUUCUUAUAGGUUCAACUUACUCUUUCAGGAUUACAACUUUAAGAUAGUCUGAGAUAAUAUCAUAAUAAACAAUUGGAGAAUCUUAUUAUAUCCGAGAAAGAGAAUGGAGAACUCAUUGAAAUACUAUUUAAUUAAACUAGUAGGAAUUCCAAGAAGUAUUAAGAUAUUGAUUAAUAAAUAGAAUUGAAAUUUGGUAAAUUGCAUAUCAAUUUUAAAAGUGAGACAUUUGCUUAUCUAUUAUAAUUCAUAAAUAGCAAUGAUAAUAUUUAGAAUCAAUAGGAGAAAAAAUUAGAUAAAAUUGAAAAGGAGUUUUUGGAAGCAGAGAAGCAAUUUUUAUUAUUAAAAUUGAAUGUGUAAAUUAAUUAAAUCAGUUUGUCUAUUGUUCAUGAAAUUACCAAAUUGCCAUUUGUAGAUAUUCAGUUUUAAAACUCUUUUAUUGAAAUGCUUAAAUAUCAAGAUGAAUUAUAAAUGUAAGUUAAUUUAGGAAACCUAUAAAUUAAUGAUUUAACUAAUCAUCCAUAUACAUUAACAUAAGAAGAAGAUUAUCACUUGAUUAAAUCAAAUUAAAUUGUGGGAAUCAAAUAGAAGGGAGAGUCUUUGCUAUUUGUUAAGAUCAUCUUAAUCGAACCAUUAUCAAAAAAAGCAUAAUUAAAUAGAGAUAUCAUUAGAGUUGAUGCAAAAAUAAGUCAAAUUGUGGCUGACUAUUAAUAACAACCAAUUCUAAGGAUUAUUGAUUAUAUUCAGAAUUUAUAAGAACCAUUCACUAAUCCAAAUUCAUUUAAAGUUUAAGGCUAUUAAAUAGACAAUGUUGCGAAUCAAAAGAAACCACCAAGUAGAAUCACUAUUUAACCUUCAAAGGAGGAAUCAAUUAAGAUUACAUCUAAUCCUCCGAGAAUGAAGUUAACUGUUCAGAUUGACAAUCCCUAAAUCAUCAUUAGAAACAAAUUCUCAAAUGAAUUCAUGAUCAUCAAUUUAGGAUAAAUAAGUGUUGCUAAUGAAUAAUAAUAAAUCAAUUAAUUUUUUAAGGAGAUAUAUACAAUUUAGAUAACAUAACUUAAUAUCAUAGGAGAAUGUGAUAACAAAAAGGGUGUUAUUGCUAGUGAUUUCAAUUUACUAUUGACUGUCACUCUACCUGAUUUGGUGUAAUAUUAUAAAUAGAUCCAUAGUAAAGUUGAAGAAACUAUUCAUAUAAGUUGUGAAAUGAGCGAAUUUAUCUUAAAUAUUGAUAGAAACACUAUGAAAUUGAUUAAUAGGUUGGUUGCUUAUAAUUUCACACUUAAUGAUUCUUUUAAUGAAUAUGUAUUACUCAAUUCUGAAAAAUCAAAUUAAAUAAGUUAAGAAUAAUAGAAGAUAAUAUUAAAGUAGGAUGCUGAAAAGAAAAUUAGAAAUUAAGAUUACUUCUUGAAAUUUAAAUUGAAGAUUGUUAAUAUUUCUAUAUUCCUAUGUUUACAUAGACCUUUAAUAAGACUGUCAAUAGUGGAUAGUAAUAUAGAAUUUAAUAUGAAAAAGGAUGAUAAAAAGGAGUUGAUUAUUUAGAUAUCGUCUUUCAAUUCUUGUGUGUAUGAAUAAAUAAAUGGAUAUUUUGUGAGUAAGCCUCUAAUAGGAAUACAGGAGGAAAAACAAUAUGAUAAUUUGAAUGAUCUCACAUAUUUGAUUAAGAAUGCCUCGAGUUCUGAAUAGGAGUCAGGUAAAAUUGAGAUGUACAUCAAUCCAACAUAAAAUAAAACUCACAAUAAGUUGUAUUUAACUUUUGGUUCAUUUUUAUUAACUAUUUAAACAAAGAUCAUUUUAUAGACUUUGACAAUAUUUGAGAGCGAGUAAUUAAAUCCAUUUGUAAAUGAAGCUUUAAAGGAGUAUUAAAGCAGAUAUGAUUAAUAUUUGAGAAGCCAACAAAAGGAGGAAGAAGUGUAACCAACUGAUUCAUAAAUCUUUAUUACCUUAGGUGAUGUAAUAAUUGCAAUUCCAUCGAAUGACGAAUCCAUUUUGACAUUCACUGGUAAAUUCAAUAUCAUUGUGAAUACACAUGACACUAUGAAUGCUGAUGAACUUCUUUGUAUAAUCAAAGAGAAAGGAUUGAAUGAAUACGAUUUGAUUGGAAUGAACUUCAAAAUAAAAACAUCUGUAUCGAUAGAAUAAGUUCAAGCAUAUGUGGCAUCAAAGUAAUAACUAUAUAGUAAAUAAUUUAAUUUACUUGACAACAAGAGAUAAAUCAUUUGGCCAUUCACUAUGCUCUUGAAUCAGAGUUAAUAAUUAGUAUUAUCAGAAAAUCUGGAUUCUCUUGUCGAAAAACAAAGCAUUAAGUUGUCAUUAAGUCAAUUUCAAUUCAGAAUUGCAUUCACUGAUGUUUUGUUUAUCUAAAAUCAGAUUAAUAAUUAAUUGUAAAUAGUUAAUGAUUUAACAAAUAAUGAUAUAAAAUAAUAACAGAAGUAAGAGAAAAAUCAAUAGCAAUAAAAUAGUUUAUAGAAUUUUGAAUUAGUCAUUGAUGGUAUUGAUGUGAUAAUUUUGAAUGACAUAGAGAAUUACUAUUAGUAUAUUAUGAAUUUCAAAUUAUUUUAAACACAAACCAAAUUAGAAUAGACAUCUAGGAAUUUUAAAUUCUUAAUAGAAUUACCAAUCUAAUUGCAUUAUUUCAAUUAAAAUAUUGGAAUUUGGGAACCAAUAAUUGAAAAGUGUGUCAUAUCAAUUGUCUAUUAAAAAGAUUUAACAGGUUUUGAUAUUGUAGCAGAGAAUCAAUUAGAUGUUCAAAUAAAAGAAGGUGUAAAUAUAAAUGUAUCUACUCAAAUGAUCUUAACUGUUUAUUCAGCAUUGACUAUCUUAACUUAGAAAUUACAGGCUAAGGACAAAAAUCAAAUCAAUUGUUAAAAUAACUCCUAUGCUAAAUACUCAAUUUAUAAUCUCUUAGGAAGUGAUGUUCUAUGUGAAACCUAAGAUAAUACGAUUAUAAUAGCUCAGCAUAAUGAAUAAAAAGAUUUUGAUGUCAAAAAUCCUAAAUCUAACAAUUCAGUUUCCCUAUAGAUUUAAGGCGAUAAAAACCCAUUUGAAAUACUAAAUUGGAAUAUAGAUAAAUUGUAAUAGAAAAUGAAGAAAAUUGGAAAUAAUAGUCCAGUGCUGAUUAAGAACUUUGUUGAUCAAUUAAAGAAUUAGAGAGUGAUUUAUUUGAGUUCUGAAUAUAUCUUUGAGAAUAAUACUUAAACUCAUUUGGACAUAGUAUUCAAGGAUUCUAAGGCCAAUCUUCAUAUUUCUAAAUUGCAAGCCUAUAUGUAGGACCAAAAUGCAAGACAAGUAACAUGCUAACCUAAUUAAUAUGUGCUUCCAUAAUUUUUAUUAUACAGUGAUUUUUAUAUAAGAAAAGCAAACAACAAUUAAGAGAAGUCAUAAGCCUAUAAUAUUAAGUAUUUAUAAAAGUGUUUUGAAAAUAAGGAAGGUUUGAAACUGUGGUUGAAUGAGAGCUUCAUAAUAACAUUGAAUGUGCGUAAGGAUCCAGAAUUCCUAGGUAGAUACAUUAUAUACAUCUAACCAAAUUUCAGAUUUUAGAAUUUGUUGCCAUUCCCCGUGACCAUCACUACAUUGUAUGAAACCAAAUAGGGAGAUGAAACCAAAUUACAACCGCUGCAAUAUUUGGAUGAACAUCAACUCAAAAGCAUUAAAGAAAAUCAUGCUAUGUUAAUAACCAUAGAUGCAUAUAAGCCCUCUUAGCCUAUCCCAUUAUUAAACAGCAGGAACUUCAAAUCGUAGCAGAAUGUCAUCAACUUAUUUGGUAGAGAAUGGCAAGGAAGUAGUGGAGGCAAGAGUGAAUUAGUUUUAGAAUAUAAUAAUACUUUGUUCAAUCAAAGUGGUUUAUGCAGUGCCGUAUUGUAUGCUCAAGAAUAUAUUAGAAAUGAAACUUAAUAUGAAUAUGUAGUAUUUUAAGGUAAGAAUAAGUAAUACACUUCAAUUGGUGGGUAAAAGCUAGGGUCAAAGCAAAGACCCUUGAUAUUGAACAACACUGCUCAAUAAUAUGAAUUAGUGUUUUCAGAGAGAGAUACACCUCAAGUGCUUUCAUUAACACCUGCCUAAAUUAUUUCUAUAGGUACUUCAAUUAGUGAUAUUGUUAUAAAAAGAAAUGAACAUUUUUAUGUAGCUCCAUUAGCUGUUGUAUCUGAGAUUAAAUUAAUUUAAUAGACUUGCUAAAAGGUUGUAACAGUUAGAAAUAGAAUCAUUUUAGUCAAUCAUUCUGAACAUUCAAUAUGCAUCAAGUAAUUGAAGGCAUUUGAAAUUAAACCACAAGAAAGAGUGCCUUUGGAGAUCUGUUGUGGUGAUAAAGUACCUGAAUCAACUGAGGGCAUUUAUCAAUUCCAAUUUACUUUUAUGGAUGAUUAUAAUUGGAGUUGGAGUGGGCAAAUCGAAUGUAAUAUGAUUGGUGUUUAUUAUCAACAAUUAAGAAGUCACAAAUUCCCUGAGAUCAGAAAAUUUGCUUAAAUUGAUAUCAAUGAGAGCAAUGGAAUAUUAUUUGCAGUUAUUAGUGAAACCAAACAUGAUCAAACACCUUAUAGAAUUACUAACUUAAGCAAAAUGAUUCAAGUCACUGUCUUAAAUAUACCUGCUUCUUUAGAUUAUAACUAAGACUGCUAUUUUGCUUGGGAUGAACUAAAUAAAUAGAAUGAAGUUCAGUUUGUAAUUUGUCCUAAAGUAAGUUAAUAUGAGGUUGUUGAAUACUAAUUUAAAAUUGAUAAGAUUGCAGAGGCUAAAUUCUUUGUUAUCCGAUCUCGAAUUCCAAAUGAUGCAGGCAAGAUCUUUAUAAAAUUAAAAUCAGAAAUGAAUGGUUUUACCAGACAUGCAUAAUUCUUUGAUUCAAGUGAGGAAGAACUUUAGAGAUAUAAAGAGAAUUCAGGAAAGAUAGCAAAAGAACCAUAGUAAUUGAAAUUUGACAUUAUGAUUCCUCAAAUUAACAUAAGUUUGAUCGAUAAUCAUGCUUCAUACCCUUAAGAAAUAAUUAAUAUUGUGUUGUACUAAUCUGAAGCCAUCCUAUUGAUAAACAAGUCAAACAAAGCAAUAUUCCAAUUUAAAUUAUCAGCAAUGUAGAUAGAUAAUACUUCUCAAUUGCACCCUCUAUUUCCUGUUUUAUUAACACUACUUCCAAGUAGUAAAGUGAAAUAAUAAUUACCUAUUUUAAAUGUCUUGAUUUAGAUGAAUUUGCAGGCUAAACAAUUGCAAUUGAUUGAGAAAUUCUCUCUUGAAACUAAUCGUUUAGCAAUUAAAAUCAAUGAUACAAUCAUCAAGACUCUACUCAGCACUGUUAAUAAAAUAACUUCAAUUAUUGAAAGUUAAAAAUUAAAAUUAUAAUUACAAUUAUAAUAAAAGUUUGAUUGGAGGAAAUGUCCUUUACCAGAUAAAUUGAUCCCAACUUAUUUUGGAACUAUAACUAUUUAUCCUAUCAUAGUCUAACUCACUGUACAAUGGGGACGUAAGGACAAGGAUCAAGAUGCAGAUAAUCCUAUGUUUACAUCACUUUUGUCAGGAGUUGGAUUUCAAUUAGUCUCUGUUGAUGAAGCUGAAAUUGUAUUGAAAGGAAUUCAAAUGGAAGAUGUUUUUGACAGUAUUGAUGGUUUGAGAAAUAAUUUGACUAAAAGAUAUCUUCCUGAUAUCUACGGAUAAUUACCUGCCAUUUUAGGUAGUUUAGCUGUUCUAGGCAAUCCUACUAAAUUAUGGAAGAACUUUGUAUCGGGCAUGUAAGAUUUCAUUGAAAGACCCAUUGAAGGGUUCACUAAAGGACCUCUUGAAGGAGGCAUGGGUGUUAUAACAGGAACUACUUCAUUAGUAAGUCACACAGUCUCUGGAGUCUUUAAUAGUGUUAAGAAUGUUGUUGGCACAAUUUCAAGUGGUUUAUCUAAAGUUACAAUGGAUGACAAUUAUCAAUAGCAACGUUAAAUCUAGAAUCAACAAUAGGCUAGGAAUGUCAGUUCAGGUAUAUAGGAAGGAUCUGUAUCUUUGGUUAAGGGAGUGGCUGGCGGCAUAGCUGGAUUCUUUAGUAAACCUAUUUAAGGGGCUCAAUAGGAUGGAGCAUCUGGUCUAUUGAAGGGAUUGUGGCAAGGAACAUCAGGAUUAAUCAUCAAGCCUGUGGCAGGAGUUUUAGAUGUCAUCUCAAAGACAUCUGAAGGUGUUAAGAAUCAAUUAUCCUCUGAUGAACAACCUAAUAAUACUAGAAUUAGAUAUAUGAGACCUUUCUAUGAAAGCGAUGGAUAUUUUAAAGAAUAUAAUUGGGUUGAAGCGGAAUGCUAUGAAGUAAUUAAAGGAAUCAAAAAAGGCAAAUAUGAACAACACAGAUUGCUUAGAGUUGUUAAUAUGGAGAGAGAUAAGAAAAGUUUUGGAUUAAUUCUAACCGACACUAGUUUAAUCUUGUUUGAUUUGGAUUUACAUUUAAAGCUUUGGUCCAUUUUGUAUGAGGAUAUAGAAAAUAUUGUUUUUAGUGGAAAUGUGAUAUAAUUGAAAAACAAAAAAUCCAAAAGGGCAUUUUAGGGUAAAUCGAUUGCUAGUUUGACAAUGGCUUCACAAAAUUAAAGUUAAUAAAUAACAGAACAAAUUAAAUUUAUGAUCCAAUAAUUGUGA